CACAUGAAUGACUCAACAAAAUGUCAUGAUAUAAAAGAGGAACUUCUUUAAGUGCCGUUAUUUUGAAAUUCAAUAAUUUAUAUCGUGGAAUAUUUUGUCAUACUUGAAUACUUUGAUGCCCUUACUAAUCGGGAUUUUAAAUUGUGUGAAAAGAAAUUAUUUAAAAAAAUGGGAACAAAAACGUGUUUACUUGUUUACACUGUUGGCGUUAUAUGUGAAGCUUUCGGUUACUUCACAUUAUACUGGGAGGUGACCGAAUAUGACGAUUACCACUCAGGAUUGUGGGAAGCCUGUAGAGGCGAAGUGUGUUCGUCCACCACGAAUAACCUGUGUUACUUCGAGGCGACCCAGGCGCUCGAGACAUUGGCGUUAGUAAUUGGAGGUGUAGGACUCCUAUUUCUCUUCCUCUACUUCUUCAUCAGUCAGACGUCAUACGAUAUCUCCCUUUGUAUCGCUAGUCUCGCAGCAGUGGUGUUUGCAGCCUGCUGUGCUAUUCUGGGCGUGAUCAUUUACGGCUGUAAGACGUCACUUCCAGUGUCAUGGUCCUACGCGUUAGCCGUGGUGGGCGGAAUAUUGUACGGCCUUGCAGCAAUUCUUAUCGCUGUUUAUCUUAUUCGAAAUGCUGAAAAAUACACCGACGACAAACUCCGGAUGAGUUCAACGCCCUAACAUUUUUCAUGCAGUCAAAUUAAUCAUGUACAUGCCUGGAGCCAAUUACUGUGCCAAUCAAAUUAAUUUGGACACACUGAAAGAUACUUAAUUGAUGUUUAUCUGACAUUUUUUCAUAUUUACCGUUGUAUGUUUACAAAAUAUGGUGAUUUACUCUAGGGGGGAAAAAUUCACUUCCAUAACCAGUAUUUUGUAAGACAAAGAAAAAAGGGAAGAACAAUCGAUUUCAUCUGAAUAAUUGGUCAUACUUCGAAAACCAGUCAACACAAAUAUAUGAAAGGAUUCUCAGAUUAUCAUGUAGAAAGAAAUAAUUUAGUAUGUGAAAUUUAAUAUCAAUAGCGCUGUAAUAAGCCGAAGGAAAUUUUAACAAAGAAGGCAAAAACGCAUGAAGUUUAGAAAAACAAAUUGGGAGAAACCACGAUUUUUUAACGGGAAGAUGCAAUAUUUCGUUUUUUUCUGGUUCCGUUUAUUUUAUGAAAUUGUACUCUGUGAACUGAAUGAAUUAUGCGCGAGAGUUUUCUAUGGGAAUCGGAGGGUUUUGUGUAAGUAAUAUAUUGACGCCAUUAUUGUGAAGUGUAUGCAUUUGUAAAACACGAGGUGCUAAUAUAUGUUUUUCAAAUACUAACAGAAAGUUGUACGAAAGGUGAGUACUACAAACUCUACGGAUUGAAACGUCAGAAUGAGUGGUAAAUAUGACCUGGAACUGAUGACAUUAUAGUAAGUGUACAGAUGAUUAGCUAUGCAUUUAUUAGCCUUGGCUCGUGGUCAGUGUCAGAGUUUUAUUUGAAGAUAGUAGCUAAGUAGCCGUAGAUAAUUGUGCUUGUGAUAUAGUUUAGGAUCUGUACAUUGGUGUGACCGUCUGUAGUCUAGGUGGGUGGAAGUCUAGUCUAGUCUGUGACGUAUUGUUUGUGCCUCCGCAGCCGGCUGAUGCUGACCUGGGGUCAAAUUUAGCAGGAUGUAUGGCCUGUUAAACCUUGUCGUGUAGGGGUCAUAUUAGCAGCAUUUUACUAACUUAUCAACAAUUUUAAUGUAGCAGGAUUUUGCUAAGGGGACAGAUUAAUAAGGUAGUUCAGAUUGGGAGAGUUAGGGAGUUGGAACAGAGGAGUAGAGUUGAAGAGUUUGAACAGAGGAGUAGAGUUGAAGAGUUGGAAUAGAGGAGUAGAGUUGGAGAGUUGGAGAGAAAAUGUUGUGUUAGGGAGACCGAGUUGAGAGUUCUAGAGACAUAGAGGAGAGUUAGAAAGUUGGAGAAUUAGGAAGUUCGUGAGAAUAGAAGUUUUAGUUGUAGUCUUAGGUCUGUGUAGUAUUGCAGUUGAUAGUAGGAGAUUAGCUUAGAGUGGAGAGAUUGUUUCACAAUGGUGAACACUUGUACAUUCUAUGACGGAGUAAAAUACUUGUGUUGUAAAUAAAGUGUAAAUAUCAAUGUACUUAUUGUGUUGUUCAAUUA